AAAUUUGAAGGGAAUCAUAAUCCAUACACGGAGGCCAUGCGAGAUGUGUCUCCACCAAUCAUCGGCAAGAGGAUUCGAUUCAUACCGUUCAGCCAGAAGCCAAGGACGGUGUGCAUGCGUGUUGAAAUGUAUGGCUGCGAGUGGAAAGACGGUCUAAUAUCAUAUUCAAUGCGACAAGGGGAUUCCCGGGGGUCAGAGAUUGACUUCUACGACUUCUCGUAUGAUGGUAUGAGAUAUAAGAAAUACCUCAACAAUGGUCUUGGUCAACUUACAGACGGCAAAAAAGGAGAGCAUAACUUCCGGCAUACAGAAAAUGAGCCGAACAUUAAAGGUUACGAAUGGGUUGGUUGGCGGAAUGACACCUCCCACGGGGAAGGACCAGUAGAAAUUCAAUUUGAGUUUGAGAAUGUGAGAAAUUUUUCGAAAGUGACAAUAAAUUGCAAUAAUUACUUUUCAAAGAACGUAAGGGUGUUUAAAAGGGCGUUAGUGUAUUUUAGUGUUGGAGGGAAAUUCUUUUUCGGCGAGCCGGUGAAGUAUGAGUUCGAACAGGAUAAGGUCAUUGACUAUAACCAUGAAGUUGUCAUCGACCUGAAACACAAUAUUGGAAAAUUUGUCAAGUUAAAACUCUUCUUCGACUCUAAGUGGAUUAUGAUAAGCGAAGUGGAGUUUGAUUCAGUUCCAGUUGUUGGAAAUAUCACAGAAGAAGAGGAAGCUGUACCGACAACACUUCAUGUGCCGACGACGACAGAAAGUGAUAAAGCCAUAAAUGAUAUAAAUAUCCAAGUUGACGGGGCAGACGCCACUGGUGA